AUGUACCACGGUAACUCAGCCGCCGUUUAUCUUGCUGCCCUUUCACUCAACGACAUUGUGGUGUUGGUGAUAGUUUUAUUAAGAGAUUUAUCAAUUUUAUGGCAAGUACCUCUUCAACGAACUACUGGCUCUUGUGAAGCGGAGACAACAAUAAGCAACACCUUUCAGUACGCAUCUCCUAUAUUCGUCUUAGCGUUUACCUUGGAGAGGUGGUUGGCUAUAUGUCAGCCAUUCUUGGUAUCGCGAAUAUGUUCCGUGAAACGAGCUCUUCGCAUAUGCAUUGGAAUAAUUCUAAUCACUUUGGUGAUAUGCCUUCCCUUUGCUUACUUGAUGACAAAUGACGACUCGGGGUGUAAAGCUAGAAGUGACGUUGUAAUUCUUUAUUUCACCUCGGCUCUUGAAAUAAUAUUUUCUCUUGUGGUACCACUUUUGAUCUUGGCUUUCAAUUGUCUAGUCAUUCAUGAGAUGGCAAAGAUUCAACAAGCCCAAACCAAGAAGAUGAUUCGUGGAAUACAAAGGAAUGGUGAAUCAAUGGAAGGCAGUAAAAAUACACGAUCCAUGAAAAGUUUAUUGCGGAGGGCUAAUGGAAAUAGUGCUAGAUCGCCAGGACUUCCAAUAACCCAAAUUUCACGCAAUUCAGAAAGAUGGAAAACUGAACUUGAUAGCAUUGGGGGUGAAACUUCGUCACCUAAAUUCAAGUCUACCACUAUUAUGUUACUCGUCGUCAGUUUCUACGUCAUUUUUGCAACUCUUCUUGGAGGCUUAAUGUAUGCUUUGUCCAAUUCAGGGCAAUUCAACCUUGAUACAUACAGUAAACUAUCGAAAAAAGAGUAUAGAGAAAUUCGCGAUCAGUAUUCAUAA